UUGAAUUCGAAGCGAGAAGACUCCAAGAUUGAUUACUUUAUCUGCUAUUAAUCCUUUAAUUGGUCUUAUCUGCGAUCGAAAAGAUAUUUAAGACAUGAGCAAUGCCUGUCCUGAAAAGAAGAAGCGGAUCCAUCGGCCAAAGAAAAAAAUACCACUCCAAAAGGCAGCGUAGUCACAGUGUGUCAGACGUAUCGGUUCAACAGCAUGAUCACAGUUACAACACCCUCAACAGUUCUUCAGCUCCAGGUCAAGAUUUCCCAGACAUCAGUCAGUGUUCCAGUCCAGACAUCCCUAAUGUCAUGGAACAAGAAAAUGUUCAACUGCCUUCAGAUCAGUCCUAUUGUUCCAGUCAGGUCACCGCUGAUCAAGAGCGAGAAGCUGUUGAGGAUGUGCAAGUUACCUCUCCUGUUUCACAGACUUUGCCACAUUCUACAGUAGAAAGUGAAGACCCACUGACCCUACUUAAGGAUGAACUCAUUUCCCUGGUUUGUUCUCCAUAUACUGUGACGUACCAUCUUCAUCAGCAUGCCAUAGAAAUUAUUGAAUUCUACAAGCACCAAGAACAGACCUCCUCAGUAAAGUUAAGUGUUGUGAUUGGGAGAGACUUUUAUGUGAACAUUUAUGUACACAGGACUUUAAUUCCAUAUUCUCAUGAUUUCUGGAGUGGACUCCCAAGGCAGACAUUCACAGCCGCUGGUGUUUGCAGAGUGUUGGAUAAACUUAAACAUUAUGGCGUAUGCGUGGGAAAUCCUAAUGCUGAGUUCCAAGAUCUGACACCAGCAGGAAGUGGAUUAUCAGACACAACAUCCGAAGAGAUUUCAGCAUUCAGAGAGGGGAAUUUGGUGCCAUCCAGGGAAAUCUGUCAUAUAGUUCAACGAUACGAUCAUCGAAAUGUGAUUUUCUUGUUGAAGGCGCAAGGUGUGUGAACUGUUCCAGGUACAGACAGCUUCUCAGAGAAAGAAAGUAUCGGAGAGAAGAACAAAAGUACAGAGAUGUCUCCAUUACAAGCACCUACAAACAUUCCGACAUGACACGUGACAUGCUGUACAAGAAAUUAUCUCUCCAGAAGUCCCACAUGAAGUCUUUACAAGCAGAAGUUGACCGUCUGAAGAGAGGAAUGAAUGCUGCCAUCGAGAAAGGUCUCAAACUAAGUGAGGAUCAAA